CAAAAAAAUAAACGUCAAAACGCGACGACAAAAAAAAUAAAGGAGUUGAUCACGAACUUUCAAAUCCUAUCCGAAACGGUUACAACUACAUUUCAACACAUCUUUGCCUAUCACAAUUGUUUGGGCUCUUUGAAUUUAACCAUAUUAUUUGGAAAUACACCAAUGAAUCCAAAAGAAAUUUACUUUUUAGAGUUUCUUAACGUAUGUGCAGACUCGAUGUUAGAGCUAGAUGCACCACAGCUUGAAGAUUCCGGCGAAAGAAAACUGCUCAGGUCUUUGUUGGGGAAUUUAAAUGAGCAAGACCCUUUAAACGCUACACGACUACAUUUGCUUAUUAAAACGUCCAGAAAAAAUUCCCCGCCAGAAUUAAUUCCUAAACAACUGUUAAAACUUAAAUUUGCUAAAAUAAAUACAUUAUUUCUGGUUUGUGAAGGCUUGAUAGAGAAUUCAUCCAGUCAAGAUGACGAAUGUAAUGACUCCAAACAUGAUGAUGACUUGAUUUGGUAUCAUUUUAAAACGACGCUAGAUGGGUUUGCAGUUAUUUGA